AUGGAUGUUUGUUUGAGUAAUGCUCUCGAAAACCUUCAGUUAACAUCACCUAAAAUUCAAAAGGACAUUGUGAGUGCUAUUGCAUUUGAAACACUUGAUGUUAUUAUGAGGGAUAUUGGUGUUAGGUUAUUUUCCAUUCUUGUUGAUGAAUCUCGUGAUGUAUCAGUGAAGGAGCAAAUGUCUGUUGUUCUACGUUAUGUGAAUCAGAAAGGACAAGAUUAUAUUGAUCACUUAUUCUCUCGAUUUAACUUAAGUAUAUCUAGUUUAAGAGGUCAAGGUUAUGACGGGGCAAGCAACAUGCGAGAUGAGUACAAUGGUCUUAAAUCACUUAUUUUGAAAGAGAAUCCAAGUGCUUUUUAUAUACACUGUUUUGCUCAUCAACUACAAUUAGCUCUUGUAGCUGUGGCAAGCAAGCAUGCAGAAAUUGAAACAUUCUUUACUUUAGUGAAUAAAGUGGUAAAUGUUGUUGGUGGAUCGGCUAAGCAAUGUGAUCUUCUUCGAGAGAAGAAGAGGCUUGAAGUUGUUGAAUCAUUAAAUCUUGUUGAUGUCGUUGAGAUGAUUGCCACUGAUGAUACUAGUUGUGGAAAUUUGCAUCUCAUGAAAAAGGUAUUGGGUAUUUCAGAUGAAUUGUCGAAAUCAUUACAAAGAAGAGAUCAAGAUAUUGUCAAUGCUAUGAAAUUAGUGAAAAUAAGUAAAGAACGACUUCAAGCAACGAGGGACAAUGAAUGGGAAUCAUUUUUAAGAACAGUUUCCUGCUUUUGCGAAAGAUACAAUAUUGAUGUUCCCAAUAUGGACGAUAUGUUUAUACCUCUAGGCCGUUCACAGCGUAACACUCAAGAAAUUUCAAAUUUACAUCAUUUUCGUGUGGAUUUCUUCUAUGCUAUCAUCGAUAUGCAAAUUCAAGAGUUGAAUGAUCGUUUCUUUGAGGUAAAUAGUGACUUACUCCUUUGUGUUGCAUGCUUGUGUCCGGAUAAUUCAUUCUCUGCUUUCAACAAGGAUAAGUUAAUUCAAUUGUGUGAGUAUUAUCCCAAAGAUUUUAAACCAAUAGAGAUCUUGGCAUUUGAAGAGCAAAUUCAGACGUAUAUUAUUGAUAUGCGCUCUCACAAAGAUUUUGAAGGGUUACAAGGCCUUAAUGAUCUUGCAGAAACCUUGGUUGUGACGAAAAAACAUGAGGUGUACCCAUUAGUUUACAGGCUUGUAACAUUGGCGUUAAUUCUUCCAGUUGCAACUGCUACGGUAGAAAGAGUAUUUUCUGCUAUGAAGAUUGUCAAGAAUCGACUACGUAAUCGAAUGGGAGAUCAAUGGUUAAGUGAUAGUUUGGUUGCAUAUAUUGAAAGCGAUGUACUUGACAAUAUUGAUAACGAUGUAAUUAUACAACGUUUUCAAAGUAUGAAAACGCGUAGGCUACAAUUGUAG